AUGACUGGCUGGCCCUUCAAAACCUCAGUGAAGUCUAUUUUCAGAAGAGCUGACAAAAAUGACGAUGGGAAGCUGUCACUGGAGGAGUUCCAGGCCUUUUUUUCUGAUGGGACACUCAACGAGGAAGAACUUGAGAAGCUCUUUCACACCAUUGACUCAGACAACACUAACAAUGUGGACACCAAGGAGCUGUGUGACUAUUUUGCUGACCACAUGGGAGACUACGAAGAUGUUUUGGCCUCUCUGGAGAUGCUGAACCUCUCCAUCCUGAAGGCAAUGGACUACACCAAGAGGGUGUACGAGAGCGGCACCAACGUGGAGCAGUUCGUGACCCGGUUCCUGCUGAAGGAGACAGCGAACCAGACCCAGUCCCUGCUGAGCUCCGUGGAGAGUGCUGUGGAUGCCAUCGACGAGCAAACCAACCCCAGCAGGCACUACCCCAGCAAGGCUGGCCAUGGCCUGAGUGACCCCUGGUACGACAGCCCUGUGCCCAGCUACGCUCCCACCACCUGGGUGGUCCCCAGGGAGCACGGCAAGAACCUCCAGGCUGGUUCCCCCGACACCAAGGCAGAGGGGUUGGAAGGGCAGAUCAACAGGCUGGCCAAGCUGAUUGGCAAGCUGGAGGACAAGACGCUGUGGUUUGACCUGCACCAGCGGCUGUCGGACAGCGAGAGCUCCGCCUGCACGUACCUCCUCCUGGUGCGGAACGAGAUGACGGUGUCGCACAAGCACCUGGGCGAGUUCUGCAGCUCCCUGAAGCAGUACCUGAAGAGCGUGGCCGGGGAGCGGGACUGCUUCCAUGUCACCGCGGUGAAGCUGCCUGAUGGUGUCACCUUCAUCGUCUACGAGUUCUGGGAGACCGAGGAGGACUGGAAGAGGUAGGAGAGGGGGUGGAAAAAGCCCAUUUUUUUUGUGGGAUGCUGGGGUGUGGAGGGUUGUUGGAGCUGCUGAGCCCCUCGCUCUGUCCCCUGUCUGAUGGCAGGGCCAAAGAGCUGUCUGUCUGUCCUGGGGCUGUCCCUGUAAAUGGGACAGGGGCUUGGGGUGGGUUUCUCUGCACCUCCCACCUGGGGAUGCCUUUGCAUGUGGGAUGCAUCACUGUCCUGAAGCGAGGCAGGGUGCUGUGCUAAA